AUGAUUCACGGAAACGCCUCUAGCCGCUGGUGGGUCGAGCUUUUAACAGAAGUGACAAUUUUCGUUAUAGGGUUUUUGGGAAAUAUCUUUGUGCUUAUUAUCGUUCACAAGAGGAACGCCAGGACGACAGUACAUGGGAUUUUUGUUACAAGUCUGGCUACUGCAGAUCUGGUUUUGCUGUGUUUUGAUUCACCUGUUUCUAUUUUACGCCGGUUCAGUCUCGAGUCCGAAACGUAUAACUGCAGAGUACAUCCGUCUGUUGUUACAACCGGAUACAAUGCAGGACUCUUCACUAUCACUUCCAUGGCGAUUCAUCGGUGCCAUAUUGUAACAAAUCCGUGGAAACCGAAGCUGAAGCGGAGAGGUUCAAUAAUUUGGGUGUCGCUUGUGUGGCUGGCUGCUUUUAUUUUGGUUAUUCCACUUAUUGUUGUCAAUAGAAUAACAGAAAAUGGCAAAUGUGAAGAGCAGUGGUCCUCACUCACAGUCCGUCGGGCAUACACUGCUUUGCUAAUGACACUUCAGUACAUGCUACCACUGCUCAUAACAGCAAUUUGUUAUCUUCGAAUACUGGUAUUUUUGAAACAGCGGCCUGUAUUGCUGGGAAACAACGAUCCCAGCAACAGAAGUCCAGCUCUAAAUGAAGAGAACACAAGAGAAACAAUAACGAUACUAAAGACCGUAGCAGCAAUUGUUUUUUUGUUUUUGGUGUUGUUGUUGCCAAAUCAAGUCGCUUGGAUGCUGUUGGAUUUCAGAAAUGUUUCCUAUGAAGAGCUUUGGUUUGUUGCAGAUAUACUGACAAGACUGCAUAGCUGUCUAAACCCAGUUGUGUACGGAGUCACGAACAAACAGUACCGUCGUAGUUACGCCAGCUUUUUAUCGUGCAUGUUUUGCACGAUAUCGUGCAUGUUUUGCGGUUGCGGACGAUCUGGGAGCCUUGAUCUUACGCCAGCAGAAAACGCCACCGCAUAA